AUGUCUUCUCUCGAGGCGAAGAUUGUCGUGCUCGGCUCGCAGGGCGUGGGCAAGACUUCGCUGCUGAUGCGCUACUGCAAAGGCGCCUUUGACCCGGCGCAGGUCCAGUCGACAGUGGGUGCCAGCUUCAUGACGAAGCGCGUGGUGGACAGCGAUACAGACACGGUUGUGCGCUUGCAAAUAUGGGACACCGCCGGCCAGGAGCGCUUCCGUUCGAUAUCGCGACUGUACUACCGCGGCGCCAACGCCUGUAUCCUCUGCUACAGCAUCACGGACGCGCAGUCCUUCGCCGAGAUGGGCAUGUGGCUGACGGAGCUGCGGCGCAACCUGCCCCCGGACAUCGUCCUGCACGUCGUCGGCACCAAGGCCGACAUCGUCGCCCGCGACCCUACCCGCCGCGAGGUCCCUUUCGAACGCUGCAUAGCAUACGUGGCCGAGAACCUGGCGCCGGGCCAGGGCAACACGCCGCCGCCCACGGCCACGCCGGGCGGGAUGGCGACCCCCGGCAUGUCCAAUGACCUGUCGGGCCUGGGCGGCAUGCCGGCCGGCCUCGGCGAGCCGCGCAGCCCGAGUAGCAAGCGGAGCUCCGGCUUCUGGGGCCAGGAGGUCGGCUGGGACGCGUGCCACGAGAUCAGCGCCGAGAGCGGCGAGGGCGUCGAGGAGGUCUUCCGCGUCGUCACCCGCAAGCUGGUCGAGCAGAACCGCAAGAUGCAGCAGGCGCUGCUGGCCGCCGUCGCGACCCCCAGCACCCCGGGCUUCGAGCACGGCAUGGACGGCGGGUACUUUGACGGGCUCAACGCCCGGGGGAGCUUCAGGGUCGGCCGCGACAGGCGGAGCUGGCUCUUCUCCCCCGGCUUCUCGCCCGCCGUGACCAUGGAGAACCAGGGCCAGAAUGGCGCCGAGCAAAGCCAUCAGCAGGAUCAGGACAAGAGGAGAAGCAGGUGCUGUUGA